AUGUCCCCAAUUUCCAUAUCCGACAUGUUUCAACCAGGCAUUGGAGACUCUAUCAGAACCAACGGAGGUUCUCCCAAAACCAACGGGGCCACCAUGAAUGGCAGCACAAUGUCACAGCAACAGGAAUCCUCCAACGCCAAUUCCACGGGCCCGCCAAUCCCCAUUGCCAUCGUUGGCAUGGCUUGCCGCUUCAGUGGAAACGUCAGGAAUCCUCAUCAGCUGUGGGAACUUUGUGCGAAUGGAAAGGGUGGCUGGUCUCCGAUCCCUGAUUCACGCUUUGAUGUGAAGUCUUUGUAUCAUCCUGAUAAUGCCAAGGCCGGCCGAAGCCACGUUAUUGGCGGCUACUUUCUGGACGAUGAUAUCGCUUGUUUUGAUGCCGCCUUCUUCAACUUGGCAUCAGAUGUUGCCCAUGGUCUUGACCCUCAAGUGAGAUUGUUGCUCGAGACUGUCUACGAAGCAACAGAAGAUGCUGGUAUCCCUCUGGAUAAGCUCGCUGGCACCAAUACAUCGGUCUAUACCGGAACAUUCAACAAAGAUUACCAUGAAAUCCAGACCAAGGAUGCCGAAUGUUUGACCCGCUCCUUCCUGGCCGGUACAGGUACCGCAAUGCUGUCCAACCGUGUCUCGCACUUCUUUGAUUUGCAAGGACCAAGUCUGUCCAUCGACACAGGUUGUUCGGCGGGUAUGGUGGCAGUUCACCAAGCAUGCCAAAGCAUUCGCACUGGGGAGAGUGACAUCUCAAUCGUCGGUGCUUCUAGUACACUUCUUAGUCAAGACGCUUUCAUUUCGGCAUCCACUAUUGGUGCGAUUGGAUCUGAAGGCAAAUGCUUCGCCUGGGACAAUCGUGCUGCCGGCUAUGGCCGUGGUGAGGGUGUAGCGGCAGUUAUCCUCAAACCUCUGGAUGCCGCGCUGCGCGCUGGUGACCAAAUCCAUGCUGUCAUCAAGGACAGCGGAGUCAACCAAGACGGGAAGACGACCACAAUUACCUCUCCAUCUGCCGAUGCCCAGGUCAAACUGAUCGAGCAAUGCUACCGUCGUGCAGGGCUUGACAUCUCUCAGACUGGCUACGUGGAGGCUCACAUGACCGGCACAGCGGCUGGAGAUCCUGUUGAGGCCGAAGCAAUUGGCAGAACCUUUGGAAAAUCUCGCCAAGGGGAUGACAAGGUAUUGGUUGGCUCUGUGAAGACAAAUGUUGGCCACACCGAACCCGUCAGUGGUCUUGCAGCCCUCAUUAAGACUACAUUUGCGUUAAAAACAGCUUCCAUCCCGCCGAACCUCAAUUAUGAGACUCCAAACCCAAGUAUUGACCUUGAUGCGGGCCAUUUGGAGGUGCCGACAGAGUUGAAGCCAUGGCCGAAAGACAAGAUCCUUCGCGCUUCAAUCAACAACUUUGGUUAUGGUGGAACCAACGCCCACGUUAUUUUAGAGCCUGCGCCAACUCCAACAGAGACUUCUCACCUCAAUGGGCACUCGACACCUCAAGGAAAUGAAUCACGCGUUUUCAUGGUCAGCGCGAAGGACUCUGCUGCCUGUCGGACAGUGAUGGACCGUCUUGCUUCUCAUAUCAUUGAGACGUCACCAUCGACAGAAAACCUUGCCUAUACACUCAAUGAGCGUCGAUCACUACACCCUUGGGUUGCUGCUGUCCGGGCCACCUCAAUUGAAAACCUGGCCGAACGUCUCCGAGAGUCAGACCGCAAGCCCGCAUUUGCGUAUAAAAAGCCACGUCUAGGGUUUGUGUUCAAUGGCCAGGGUGCCCAGUGGCAUGCAAUGGCUAGGGAGCUUCUUACUGUGUACCCUGUAUUUGGCAAUGCCAUCUCUAAUGCUGGAAAGAUCCUGAAGGAAUACGGCGCCUCUUGGUCAUUGAUCGAUGAACUCAACCGUGAUAAAACCUCGACACGAGUAUCCGAAAUCCAUUUGAGUCAGCCGAUUAGCGUCGCUAUUCAGCUUGGCCUCGUCGAUUUGCUCAAGUCCUGGGGCAUCACCCCUUCUGCCGUCACCAGCCAUUCCAGUGGUGAAAUUGCCGCGGCCUAUGCAGCCGGAGCGCUGCCUUUCGACCAGGCACUCGGUGUCGCAUAUUACCGUGGCGAGCUAGCCCAGAAGCAACUCGAAUUAUCGCCGCUUACGGGUGGAAUGCUUGCCGUUGGAAUUGACCAAGAGAGUGCUGAACGAAAAAUUGUUGAGGUCGUCCCUACCGGCGGUGUCAUCGUGGCUUGUAUCAACAGCCCCAACAGUGUUACUCUUUCCGGGGACUUAGACGCUCUUGAAGAGAUUGCUGCUAGUUUCGAAGAGGGUGGAGUAUUCAAUAGGAAGCUGAAGGUCCCCAUGGCCUAUCACUCCCACCACAUGAUGCCCAUGGUGGCCGAAUAUACCGAGCGAUUGGAGGAAUUGCUCAAACUUCCUGUGACACCCGAGUGGAAUGGCCCCUUGUUUACCUCGCCGGUGACGGGCGAGGUUGUGACAGCAGUCAAGCAACUCAGGGCCGAACACUGGGUUCAAAAUUUGACUAAGCCGGUCCAAUUCAGUCGGGCAUUUGAGAACAUGUGCUUCAGCUCCUCGGGCUCUUCAUCCCAAUCUGCCAAUGUUGAUGUUAUUUUGGAGAUCGGGCCUCACAGCACCUUGGCCGGCCCAAUUCGCCAAAUCCUGCAGGGAAAAGAUGCCAAAAUGCCCUAUAUUUCUUGUCUUAAGCGCCCGAUCAAUGCCGUGGAGACAAUGCAGGACCUUGCAUGUGAGCUCAUGUCUCAGGGCUACCCAGUAGAUCUCAAGGCGGUCAACUUUCCUACUGGUGAUGCUCACCACACCUUUUUGACCAAUCUGCCCGCUUAUCCGUGGAAUCAUUCAACUCGCUUUUGGGUAGAGCCAAGAAUGGCUAAAGAGCAGCGGUUCAAGAAAUUCCCUCCUCAAGAGCUGCUAGGCACUCCUUUGAAUGGAUCAAACGCUCUCACUCCCACUUGGAGAAACUUCCUUCGUCUAGGCGAGAUUGAAUGGCUCAAAGAUCAUCAGAUCGAUGGUACAGUCGUUUUCCCUGGCGCCGGUUAUAUUUCUAUGGCAAUUGAGGCCAUACGACUUAUCACCGAUCCUUCCGAAAGCACAAUUCGGAAGUACCGGUUGCGAGACAUCGACAUCAUGAAUGCAUUGGUACUUCCGGACUCCGAAAUGGGAGUGGAAGUGCAACUCCAGCUGCGUCGUUGUAGCGACAAAGAGCUUGACCACGCAGGGUGGUAUCAAUUCGAACUUUGCUCUCUAGCGAGUACCGAUGCACCAUGGAUCGAGCACUGCAAAGGUUAUGUCGCCGUUGAGAUUGAGAGCGAGACACGAAUCACCACGCUCAAUGACGUGCCCGACUCGUCACGCGAAGAUGCCUUUUUCGCCGAUGGUGUUGAUCCAUCCCCUGUCGACAUUGAGGCACUCUUCGCUGGUUUGCGUGAGCGCGGGAUCUACCACGGCCCGAUAUUCCAGAAUCUCAUUGACAGCCACACAGCCCGUCACAGAGCAAUUACGAACUUCGCAAUCUCAGACAUCGCAUGUAAGGAGCAUGAUUAUGUACUGCAUCCCACGACGCUGGACUCUAUUCUGCAAGCGUCGUUUAGCAGCUUACCAGAUGAUAUUGGACAGGACUCCAUGGUUCUUCCUCGUUCAAUUCGCUCGAUCGAUGUUCCAAAGAAUUUCAAGAGACAAGGUGGUGAAAGAUUGAAAGCCUUGACUGAGAUGGUCACAGGGGAUACUCGUGGCUAUUCAUCAGACUUAACGGUUGUGUCUGAAAGUUUCGAUAAAACCCGCUCUUAUCUUGAGAUCAAGGACUUCUUUGGCUCGGCAAUUCCUCGCGCUCUCCAAGAUUCAGACGAAGACGCAGGAAUCUGCUCCAUUAACACCUGGGAAUUGGAUAUCCUUCACAACCCUCCCGUCUCGUUCAGAGAAUCUAUGGUCAUUCCAGUGAUGGAGCAUGAAAUUGAGCAGGAGAAGAAACUGGCCAGGAUUUCGUAUAUCUUCAUCCGUGAUGCCGUCGCGGAACUUGAAUCCCAAGACUCCGAAUCCUGGGAAUGGCACCACAAGCGAAUGUACGCUUGGAUGAGAGAAGUUAUUGCACUUGGUGAAGCUGGACAACUCGGACCCAACAGUCAGACGUGGUCUAAGCUAAGCCCCGGUGCGAAGAGGAUCUUGGCGGACGAGCUCAGCGCAGGGAAUGCGGCCGGUCGACUCACUGUUCGCAUUGGAGAAAAGCUCGCGAGCAUCAUCCGCGGAGAAAUUAUGCCCCUCGAGCUAAUGACCGAAGGUGAUCUCCUGAAUCAAUUUUACAUGCAACACGAGGCUCUCAAGACCCGAUCUUAUUCGCAUCUCGCUCGUGUUGCGGAUUUAUACGCAGUGAAGAAUCCUGGCGCCAAUAUUCUUGAGAUUGGAGGCGGUACAGGAGGAGCCACGAGUACAAUCCUUGAGGCUUUCGGCAACAGAGGUACUGGCAACGGUACUAUCCUUGGUCAUUACACAUUCACCGAUAUUUCGCCAGGCUUCUUUGAAGCCGCAAGAGAGAAGUUUGCCCCGUGGGCAAGGAUGAUGGACUUCAAGAAGUUAGAUAUUGAAAUUGACCCGCUCGCACAGUCAUUUACUGCUGGUACCUUCGAUCUCAUUGUGGCAGCCUCCUGCCUCCACGCGACCAAGAACCUCCAUACAACCAUGAACCACGUGCGGAAGCUACUCAAGCCGGGAGGUACGCUGUUACUCAUCGAGGCUACUGCUGAUCGUCUUGAAGGGCAGCUCAUCUUCGGUACAUUGCCGGGAUGGUGGCUUGGAGAAGAGCCUGAGCGGCAGAAUAGCCCCAAUGCUCCACUCGAGAUGUGGGAUCGCGUCCUGCGGGAUACUGGAUUCACUGGCGUUGACUUUGAGAUCAGCGACUAUGACGAACCUGAGUACCAGUCCGCGCGUGUCAUGUUAUCGAGGACUGCUACAACGGUGCAAGUGCCGAUCUCCAUUGUAGUUGAGGACAAGAUGGCCCAGGAGCCCCAAGAGUGGUUGACAGAACUGUCCGAGGCAGUUCGAGACAAGACAGGUGUUUUGCCAAAGGUCGUGGACUUAGGUGAUGUUGAUUCAUUCAAAGACACAGUCUGUAUCGUUGCUCUUGAGAUGGAAAAGCCGUUUGUGCACAACAUGGAUGGAGACGCAUUCCAAAAGCUCAAGGACCUUCUCCUUCUCUCAGGUGGCAUACUCUGGCUCACCUGUGGUGGUCUUGUUCAUUCCCAGAACCCAGCCUUCUCGGCCUCGGAGGGCCUUCUGCGAACCAUGAGACAAGAGGAUUCUCACACACGAUGGAUCCGAUUGGACUUUGAAAACGACAAAGUUCCGUGGGCAAGUGACAAGAUUCGACACGUUCUUCAUGUGUUGGAGCGGUCAUUCGACAAAGACGCCGAAACAGGCAACAUUGAAUGGGAGUACUCGGUGGCUGAUUCCCAGCUUCAUGUGCCCAGAAUCUUCCCCGAGAAGACCCAGGAUGCCAUUGCCAGGAACCUCAAGCUUCCUCUUGAACCUUUGCUCGAAGCAUUCCAUCAGCCUGAUAAACCUCUCGUAUGGGAGACGUCGCCGAGUACCGGCCUAGAACCAUAUUUCGUGGAGAAUCAAAUGAUCCUAUCUACGGAUGUGCCAAGUGAAAUGGUGGAAGUGGAGGCAAAAGCCUUCGGCCUGAAUUUCCGUGAGGUGAUGGUCGCACUAGGCCAGCUGGAAGAGCCCCUGACAGGCUUCGAGUGCUCCGGCAUCAUCACCCGCCUCGGCCCUAAUACCGAGCAGAGUGGUUUGAAGGUUGGUGACCGCGUUGCAGCAUUGUGCAAGGGUCGUCUCGCGAGCAAGGGACGAACUUACUGGACAUCUGUCGUCAAGAUCCCGGACGAAAUGCCUUGGGAAGAGGCAGCCUCAUUCCCAGCGGCUUACGCCACGGCUUAUGGUAGUCUCAUUCAAAUCGCAGGACUCCAGAAGGGCGACUCGGUGCUCAUCCAUGCUGCAACCGGCGCAACUGGCCAAGCCGCGAUUGUCAUUGCGCAGCAUGUUGGGGCAGAGGUAUUCGCUACCUGCAGCACUGAAGGGAAGCGAGACCUUCUCAUCGAACAGUACAGCAUCAAACCUGAUCAUAUCUUCGCCAGCCGUAAUGCAAGCUUUGCUGCGGGUAUCAUGAAAAAGACAAACGGCAAGGGAGUUGAUGUCAUUCUUAACUCCCUGUCUGGGCCGCUGUUGAAGGCAUCUUGGGAUUGCAUGGCCCGCUUCGGUCGCUUUGUUGAUAUCACGAAGGUGGACAUGGAGGCCAACCGCUGGUUGCAAACAGCCCCAUUCAGCCGCUGUUCCAUGUUUUCGAGUUUCGACCUGUUGCAGCUUACUGAGUAUCGUGGCAAACUAACUCAAGCGGCAAUUUCGGAGAGUCUCAACAUCGUCCAAGAGCGUGGAAUCUCUCCCGUGUACCCUGUUACGCCUUUUCCAAUCUCCGAGAUGGCCACGGCCAUGCGUCAAAUGCAAGGCGGAAUGCACGUUGGUAAGUUGGUGCUUGUGCCGCAAGAUGAGGAUAGAAUCAAGUUUAUCCGCCGGCCAUCGCCCCUCUCGCUGAAUAACCCUGACGAGACGUAUAUGAUAGUCGGUGGGCUGGGUGGUAUUGGCCGUGCCAUUGCGCCGUGGAUGAUUGAAAACGGUGCGAAGAACUUGGUGCUCGUCUCACGCCAUGCCACCUCCCAUCCGGAAGCGCCUCAACUUGCUAAGGUGGCCGAGAGCGCAGGAUGCCGGCUCCAGAUCUACGAUAGCGACGUUUCAAAAGAGGCGAGCCUGCUCCAACUGAUCCAUGACUGCUCGAAGACAUUGCCCCCGAUCCGCGGAGUAAUCAACGGAGCCAUGGUACUCGACGAUACUGUCCUGGAGCGCAUGACAUUCGAACAGUGGAGCAAUGGUGUCCGACCUAAGAUCAACAGCAGCUGGAAUAUUCAUACCCAUCUUCCCAAUCUGGCAUUCUUUGUCAUGUUGUCAUCUGUCGCUGGCGUAGCCGGCCACAUGUCCCAGGCCAACUAUUCCGCUGGCAACUCCUAUGAGGACGCCCUUGCUCGGUACCGAACGGCACUCGGCCUACCGGCUGUGACCAUCGACCUCGGUGCCGUCAAGUCGGUUGGAUACGUGGCAGACAGAGAAGCCAGCGGCGACGACCGGCUGCGCGCACGCGUAGAGAAUGUCGGGUUCGGCUCCGUCGACCUGGAUCAUGUACUGCGGAUGAUUGGGCAUGGAAUCAGUGAGUCUCUGCGCCAGUCGCCGUCGCAGAGUCAAGUUGUUGUCGGACCCAACUUCCACACCCUCCUCAACGAGUCAGUCAUGAGCCAUGACAGACGCUUCGGUACGCUCCGCAUUUCCAGUCCGCGUGGAAUCGAGACAGCCGCCACAUCCACCAGCAAGACCUCUACUGUCGCGCUCGCGCAAGCACUCUCGAAGGCGUCCACUCUCACCGAGGCUGUGGCACUGCUGGUCCAGGCGAUCGUAGCCAAGAUUGCAGAAAUCUUCAACAUUCCGGUCUCGGAUAUUGACGCCGAGUUGCCGAUGUCGCGCUACGGUGUCGAUUCCCUCGUCGCUGUGGAACUCCGCAACUGGCUGAGCAGCGGCGCAAAGGCCAAAGUCACUGUCUUUGACAUCCUCCAGAGCGCGUCGCUGAACGAGUUUGGUGCGCUAGUGGCGAGCAAGAGUGAGGAAUUGACGUCCAAGGAGCUGCCGGCAUAG